AUGGCACCCGUACCAAUCUACCAACCCGAUGAGAGGAGCAAAGCCCACCACCAACAAGAACUCGUCCAAACAAUCAUAAACGACUGUCCAAUCCUGCACGUCUCCUUCACCGCACCAUUGAAGUCCGGCCCACCCUUCCCCACCAUCCUGCCCAUGCUCGGCGCAAUCGGGCAAUCGCCCGACGACGACGAGCCGCACAUCUACCUGCACGGCUCGAGCGUGGCGCGCCUCUUCAAGCUCACGAGCGGCGGCGAAGUCGCCCUCUCCGUCUGCGCCACCAUCCUCGACGGCUACGUGAUGGCGCUCGCCCCCUUCCACAACAGCUGCAACUACCGCUCCGCCGUCGCGUUCGGGUACGGCCAGCUCAUCGACGACCAGGCCGAGAUUGAAUUCGCGCUGCGCCUCAUUACUAACAACUCCAUGCCUGAGCGCUGGGAGAACAGCCGCAGCCCGCCGACGAAGGUGGAGUUCGAGUCGACGGGCGUGCUGAAGGUGCGCAUUGAGACGGCGUCGGCGAAGGUGCGCGCCGGCGGGCCCAGCGACGACAAGCCGGAUAUGACGAAUGCGGAUGUUGCUGACAAGACGUGGGUCGGCGUUGUGCCUGCGUAUCAAACCCUCGGUGAGCCGGUCGCAGCUGAGUAUAAUCGCGUCAAGGAGGUCCCCGAGUAUAUCGCGGACUGGGUGGCGGAUGCGAACUCCAUCAAUGAGCAGCGAGCGAUAGAUGCAAUGGAGGAGAGUGGGUGA